ACCCCGUUUUGCACUCUUCGGAGCACGAUGGCAUGACCAGUGAAGACGAGAAAACAGGCCUAGUCACUAGUCAGCAGUCCCUCGAGAACGAGAGACGGACAUCACGGGUGGCACAACGUGGCCCGCAAGAAUUCUAAUAGCCGUCAACGGCAAGAUAAGGUGUUCCAAGGCGUGACAGUCAGUUGAACACAGGAUCUGGACAUGAUCAAACAAAUUGCUCGCUUCGGAGCGAUCAAUCAAAGAUCUGCAGCCGCACCUAAAGCGGCGUGAAUCGGGCUGGCCGCUCUUCGCAAUCUGCUGUGAUAAUCCAGCUUCCUAUCCCCUUCGCGCUCGCACCCAUGCCCUCUGGCUGAGCGAUCGCCGUUUGUUGUGUACUCUUUGCUCAACUGCAUUGUUGCUUCGAGCAACCUGAUUGUUGGCUUUUGCGGGAGAUGCACGGCGGAUUGAAGUCAAGAUGACACAUCCCCCGUCGAACAAACGCGCCAACGGAGAUGAGGACGACGACAGCAGCAGCCUGCCGCCUCCGCCCGACGGAGGCUGGGGCUGGUGGGUCGUCUUCGGAUCCUUUAUGAUCCACAUUGUCGCCGAUGGUGUCACAUACUCUUUUGGCUUAUUCAUAGACGAAUUUAUUAAAUAUUUCGGCACCGGCAGCGGAGAAACAGCGUGGAUCGCAUCAAUCCUCGUAGGAGUAACACUAUGCUCUGGUCCAAUUACGAGCUCUCUUGUGAACAAGUACGGGUGCCGUCCCGUUACCAUUGCCGGCGCGAUCCUCUCAUCCUUCUGCCUAGGGAUUAGCAUCUACGCGCCUAGCGUAGCAGUUCUUUACUUAACGAUAGGUCUCGGAACAGGUUUCGGGUUUGGUCUGAUCUAUUUACCGGCGAUCGUGAGCGUGACAUGCUACUUCGAGAGACUACGCUCGCUGGCCACCGGCAUCGCCGUGUGCGGCUCCGGCCUCGGCACCUUCAUCUACGCGCCCCUCAUCCGCUAUUUGAUCGCCACCCUCGAGUGGAAGAUGGCUCUCCUGAUCGUGGCCAUCAGCGUGCUCGGCUGUGUCUUCUUUGGCGCGCUUUUCCGGCCUCUGGAAAAAAUUAAUUCCCCUGCGAGACAGGCGGAGGACGGCGUUGCUGCUGAGCUCAAGCCGCUCAAUGACAUUCAAAACUCGAACGAGCCCAGCAACUGGAGGCACAGCGUGUGUAAUGGUGACAUCCCCAAGGAGGGCGAGUGGGGAAACGGCAACGGUCUUUUGGCACCGCCGACCAAGGCCAACAGCUGCUCAGCACACGAUAUACUCAACAGGCAGCAAUCCAAUGAUUUUAAGCCAAUGGGCCAUGUGAAUCGCUUCCUCAGGUCUGAAACCGAGCGAAUGACCAUGAGCCACCCUGCCCUUCUGAACCCGCCACCCAGAACACCUGCGCCCAGGCACAGAGGUCCCAUGGACCGGCCCGACGUUUUCUACCGUGGCAGCCUCGUCAACAUUCCAUUUACAAAAUCUGCAAGCAAAUUGCCUGGAUCCAACAAUGACCUGGGCAAGAACAUUCCUAUGAUCAUUGCCGAGCCCCCAACUCCAGUGCGAGAAGCGCAGCCAGUCGUCGCUGUGGAAAGCGCCGAGAACAGAUGCUGCGGCAUGAGCGACACCAUGAAAGAAAUGCUAGACUUCUCGGUGCUCAAAAACCCUGUUUUCAUCCUCUUCACCGUGUCCAACUUCUGCACUAGCGUUGGUUUUAAUAUCCCCUAUGUGUACAUUAAGCCCCAAGCCAACAGCAUGGGGAUUGAAGAUACUAAAGCGUCCAUGUUGCUGGCUGUGAUUGGCAUCGCUAAUACCGUUGGCAGGAUCAUCCUCGGCUACUUGUCCGACAAGCCUUGGGUCAACCGGCUACAGGUCUACAACUGGUGCCUCACGAUUUGUGGCAUUUCUACAAUGGCCAGCGUUCUAUGCUACGACUUCACUACCCUUGUACUCUACACGUGCGUGUGGGGCUUCACUAUUGGUGCCUACGUGGGACUAACUUCGGUUAUCCUGGUCGACCUGCUCGGUCUCGAAAUGUUGACAAAUGCCUUUGGAGUUCUCCUACUCUUCCAAGGCAUUGCUUCUCUUUUAGGGCCACCCAUUGCUGGGUGGCUGUACGACGGACUUCACUCGUAUAACCCAGGCUUCCUUGUGUCUGGUGUCGCAAUUGCUGCCAGCGGUGUCAUGUUGUUUGCCAUUCCCAUGCUUCAAAGGUCGCAGCUUGCUUCGAGAAGACCUUAGAAGGCACUGACAACUCAGCGUACUUUUAUAUAUUUUACCACGGUUUAAAUCAUUGUAAUGCAAGGAUAAUCUCUUUGUCGCUCGGAUAAUAAUGUUCUUUGUAGUGUGUUAGGCUCUCCGGUCUUUGCAAAAGCAUCCUAAAAAUCUGGAAUCAUUUUUCCAGUACUCACAUGCACACAAAUUUUUACUCGCCUCCAUUGUGCCUAUGUAAGAGAAAAAGAACCAAUUUUAAUAUGCAUAUCUUUUAAAAUAAAAUUCAGCGUCACGUUUUUAUAUUACUUUUGGUAUGAUAUGACAACAAUCCAGAUCAUACGCGUAUAAAACUAUAUUUGGCGAACGCAACCUAGUGUUACUUUGCGUGUCAUUUAAACUGUGCCAAAUCAUGAUGUUAUAACGAAAUAUAUGAUUAUUUUUAUACAUCAGAUGUGUGCUAAUUGUGUUAGAAUAUCAGACUAAGCCUCUUAUCGUGUUGAAAGACCAGUGACCAUUUUAGUGCGUGCGAAUAUGUGGAGUGACACAAAACCGUUGUGAGUAACUAGGAUAAUGUCUUCUAUUGUGGUUACCAUUGUCUUUUUUAUUAUUUUUAGUAAUUUACAAACUUAUUCAGGAAAUUUCAAUCAUCUGUUCAGUCAGACACGUCAUAAAAAUAAAUUUAUCUUCUUCAACAAAUAAAA